AAAUCAAACAUGGUUUAGUUCAAAUAGAAACUUUCUUCUCUGCACUGUGAUGGAACGAUUCAUUCCCGAGCACCCCCUCCCUACAGAAAUCCGGGAGAUGCCAAAAGAUGACACAGUUUGUCAGUUCUGUGGUGUCAGCUACCUUAUUCACAGCGAAAUGAAAGCAUUGGAGGAACGUGUGAAGGAAGCAGAGAGGAAAAUGCAGUACUACGUCGAAAGUGUAGAGCGAGAAGAAAAACUCAAAGUUAAAGUGGCCAGUAUGGAAGAAGAAAGUGAUAAGCUUUCAAGGGCAUUGCAAGCAAGUGAUGAAAGGACCAAGAUUUUGGUGCAAGAGUUAACUUCAAAGCAAAGCCAGAUUGAAAACUGUAAACAACAGAAAGACGAUCUUGAAAAGGAACUUCAGAGAAAGAACGAAGAAGUCAAGAGAACUCAGUUGAAGUUGAAUGAUCUUGUGAGGCAAAUCUCAUCCUUUCAUGAAACCUUACAAACACAAAGGACAGCACUAAAUGACAUUAAAGUUAGUGUUAGAGAAAAUUGUCAUGACAUCACAGAGAGUUACAGUAAAGUUGUGAAUACUGUUGCUCUUUCAUGUGAGAAGUUUGCAAAGGAUACAAAAGUCCUUGAGGAGAGUUUAUCUAAGUGCGAAAAUGAAAAAAAGAUGCAACAUGAGGCUAUUGGCAAAGCUGAAGCACUGGUCAUGGAACUUACUUCAAAAUGCACUGAGUUAGAAGGUAAAGCUGAUGCCCAAGGGAAAGAGUUGAUCAAAACAAAGGAACAGAAUCACAUCUAUAGCAAAGAAUUAUCACAGUACAAGGAACUGAUGAAUUCUAAAGUUAAUGAAGUGAAUGAAUGGAAAAACAAAUUUCAAAGUGAAUCAGGAAGUUUAAAAGAAGAAAUCAAGAAAAACCAAGGAGACCUUUUAUCAAAAGAGAAGCAGAUUCAGCAGCUAGUGGAAAAUUGUAAAAAUUUAGAGAAGCGUGUUGCAGAAUAUUCAAAGGCAAGGAAUGACGUAGAGGAGAAAAGUGCAAAUUCCCUGGAGGAAAUCAAGGCUUUGAAGGAAUCCUGCUUCAAAGCAAAAAAUGAGGUCACAGCUCUAAAAGAAGAAAGAGAGAUGAUGAUAUCUGCCCAUCACAACCGUAUAGAGCAACUGAGAGAAAGCUUUAAGAAAAAAAUGGAAGAGGCAGAUGCUUGGCCAGAAAAGCUCAACAAAAUUGUGAAGGAAAAAGAAGAACAGUUCAAUGAGGAGAAAAACAACCUGUGGAGGGAUUUAACGGAAGGAUUUCAGAAGGAAAUGGACGAAGAACAGCAGAAACACCAAGAAGAGCUCGGCUUGUGGAAGAAGGAGGCCAAGGCUGCACAAGACAGAUUUAAAGAGGACAUAACCACCAUGAACCGAAGACACCGUGAGGAUAUCAAACGUCUGGAACGGGAAUUGACUGAAGUUAAAGAGAAAAGUGAACAAACAAAAAAUGCCGAUGACUCGCUCGUACAAAAUCUGGAAGCGAAAAUCGUAGAUUUGGAGAAUCGCUUGCGUCAGCCGUUGGCAGACUCCGAAGAAGUUCUGAGAUUAAGAACCAGGCUUCAGGAGUCGGAUAAGAUGCUCAAAAGUGCCGAGCAGCAGAUAAACGAACUGGAAACGAGAAGUGAAUCUUGGAGACAAGAGGUGGUCUUUUUACAAGAAACUGUUCGACGCGAGUGCGAGGAACGCUUUGAGCUGACCGAUGCUCUUGGUGAAGCACGAGCUCAGUUGUUAGCUCUUCAACGCACUUCCGGUGCCUCGCUGUCACGAAGUAGUCUCAAUUCAUCUAGUUCUUCCAGCAGCGUCAUCCGGGGUAGUCGCAAAGGAUAUGACGUCAAUGGACAAAGUGACAGUUCUACUACCCAGGCUAUAUCUUGCCCCGUUGGAUUUGAUGGAGGCGUAGGGUGUAGGCCUGGCACAGGUUCACUUGACACGAGAAAGUUGUCGCGUGAAGGAAGUGUAGACGAUAGUCGAAAGCGAAUCGCCGCGGCCGUUCGGCAAUCGGGGACAAAGAGCCGUUUGGGGGGAAAUUUUAGCAGUUGAAAAAUUCCAAAUACUUUGAAAAAAGGGAGAACUUGUAGAUCUGAGUUGAUGGCAAAUGGGUAACGACGAGGAGACCAGGGAAAUCUGGAUGGAGAUCGGGGAAACGCUUGCCAGCUGUCACAACGGCUGAGAAACUUUUUUCGAGCGAAGAGAAGAGCAAGAUUUUAACAAGUAUAGAUUUGAUUACUGUAGCGAGCGUGGUACGCACCCAAGACGCAUCAUACGUGUAGUACGUCUUAUUUAUGUAUAUUUGUAUGAAGCUCCAUUUAAGUGGCCCUCGUGUAUGACGCACUAAGCUUUAACUUUUAAAUCUUAACGCAUUCAGCUACACACAAGCCGAUUUCGUAUCUGCUAGGUGAAUAUGGGCGUUGAUACAGAGUCAUUGACCUAAACCUAGAAUUCAUGGUUUAGGAUUUUUUGCUCUGUUUUGAUACUCAGCUUUGUGAUUGAGUUACUCUAUGCCCUCUUUUCUUCUAGACGAGGAAAGAAAAACUGAAAGGCAAAGAGUGUGAAUACAACUGGUUUAAUCCUCGACUGAUAAUAUAAUGACUAUGUCUGUUGAACAUAAUUAGUGCGUCGUUGGGCCUGGGGUGUCUAAGUCCUUAGAUUGACAGCCCGUGUUCCUGCCUAUGAAUUACGAAGCAAAAUGCAUAAACUCACGUUUCUACACUAAAUUCUGUGGGGAUACACAGAAUUUUAUUUUUGUAAUAUCCUAUUAGGGCAGGAACUCCUCCUUGUGCCUUUGGUUAUCUUCUUCACUGCGUGAUGUCAUUUCCAGCGGGCUCGAUGUUUUCUUUUUUGUCAUCUUGACAAACCAGUGUUUUAUUACAAAUCGAAAUAAAACAAGCAGCUGAAUUAA